UGGAUUUUAAAAGGGAAAGCCUUGAGGAAAACUGACCAAUUAGAAAUGAGGGAGAGGUGAUUGGGCCUUGACCUAAAGGGCUGCCUGGGUGAUCAAUGCUGACUGAAUUUCCAUCCUGUCCUUGUCCUAUCCCUCAUUCAUUCAACAAAUGCUAAGACUGCAAUGUUAAGGCUUCCCAUCAGGCUGCUCAUAAAAAGACAGAUCAAUGCUUUCAAAUGAAGGGGUAAAGAAUAAUAAAAAUAGCUAGCACUUACACAUCCUUUUAUGUUUGUGAAACACUUAACAAAUAUGAUCUCACUUUAGACUUACAGCCUCCCCUCUCUCCCCCCACAUCUGUCCCCAUUUUACUGAUGAGGAAACUGAGGGAGGCAAGGGGUUGUGUAGUGCCCAGGGUCGCACGCAUGUCUGAGGGUCGAAUUUGAACUCAGAGCUUCCAGACUCCAGGUCUAGCCCUCUAUCUGAAUAUAAUCAAGUAUAAAUCAGGAGGAGGUACCAUGGUAAAAUGAAGGUCCAGGAGGAGGAAUGAGGAAUCCGCAGGAUGGAAGUGAUUCAAACUUAUAUCUUCUGACUCCGAAUCUAGUGUUCUGGGAUUUGGGCUGGUCUUCAAGGAAAGACAGAAUAAAUGAGUACGGGUAUGAGUUAAACUAGGGCCCUCUGAAAUCCCGCGAUCUCAAUAAUCCACUAUCUCCUAGGUGAAGAAGGCUGUGUUCAGAGGAAUGUUGUCCUUGGACGAGCCCGUAGCCCCAACCCCUCCCCCCAUGAUGCUCAACGGAGUCGCCGUCCAAUGGCUUCCGCCUGAGGAUGUCGUCACGUCUGCCGCGCUCGUGCAGUUCCCGGGUUUUGAGCUCGAGCUCCCGCUCCCGCCGCGCCUUCCAGGCCGCGCCAUGGCAGAAGCGGAGGCCGAGGAGGGCGGCGAAGAGGGCGACGUCUUCCGGGAGCUCUCGACGCCAGCUCCCGGCAGGACCGCGGUCUGCAUCCCGCCGGCCGGGAGUCUGGCCGGGAUCCCGGCCCCGUGGGUGGAGGCCGAGCCGCCGCAGCCCGCCUCCUUCUCUCCCGCGGCUCCCCUCGCGCCCGAGGACCUCCAGCGGGUUCUGGAGCAAGUGAGGAAAGCGCCGCCGCCGCCGCCGCCCCGUCCCCCCGGGACUGCGGGCCUCGGGCCGCGCGGCAGCUGCGGCUUCAGCGUCGUGCACGAUGCGGCCCGGCGGCUGCAGGACGCGGCCCAACAGGUGGCCCAGCAUUGGGGUCCCGAGCCCCCGCCGCCGCCGCCGCCUCGGCUGCUGCAACCCAGGGAACUAGAAGCCAUUCGUGUCAAGGUAAAAUCCGGAGAAAGGCCAAUGCCACCUCUUGCAGCAAUCCGGCCCAAAACAAUAACUUUGAGUCAACCAUUCAGUGGGAAUACAGAUUUGUUAGGAUUAAGUGUUGUUAAUCCUUCAAUUAUUCGGAUACAGCCUCUUAUGAGAACUGAACCACAGGAUUUGACAAAUACUUCACCUCCACCUCCUCUUCAACUUCUUGUGCAGAGACCACUGCCCCCUCUUGGACCAGUUUCUGUGGAGAAGUUUAUGGCGCAUAAAAUGCUGAAUGGACAAAAGGCCACAUUUGUUCCUUUGUCUGCCUCUAACACUUCAACAAUUACAUCGUCAGCAGUUAUGUCCAAUUCAGCAGAUUUGCUUAUUUCCACCCCUGAGAGUGAGUGCACUAAGAUAAAAAAAUCCUUAAAAGUGAAAACCCGAUCAGGGAGAAUUUCACGGCCACCAAAAUAUAAAGCUAAAGAUUACAAGUUCAUCAAAACUGAGGACUUAGCUGAUGGGCACCAGUCAGAUUCAGAUGACUAUUCAGAACUUAAUGUGGAAGAAGAAGAAGACAAAAGGGGGAAAGAUACAUUAUUUAAUUCUUCGAGUGGUUACCUGAAGCCUAAAACUUUUAAGUGUCAGACUUGUGAAAAGUCAUAUAUAGGACAAGGAGGACUAGCACGACAUUAUAAACUUAAUCCAGGUCAUGGGCAGCUGGAACCUAAAAUAUUGGUAUCUGAUAAGCCUGAUGGAAGUGGAGAAGCAGGAGAUGGCACUGUGAAUGUAAUGGCUCCUGUGCCAUCAAUCCCAACUGCUUUAAAUAGUGAAAGUACACUAGCUCCAUGUGUGGCAGGACCAGAUUCAGCAUGGAAUGGGCAACAGAACUGUGAUUCAGAAGAAGCUGGAACAUUACUGGAGUCAGAAGAAAAAAGUGGAAUUCGCUUGGCAUGUUCGGGAUCCAGGAGGAGGACCAGAGGAUCGAAAAGAAGUAGAAGACUAAGGGCAUCUGUAAAGUCAAGUUGUUUAAGCAAACACAGCGAUUCAGUUCAGCCUACUUCAUGCACAGGUGUAGCAGCAGAACAAAAUGUAGUGAGGAAUAAGGCAAAGCUCAAAGAGUUGCUCCAGCAGUGUGAUCAUGAAGAUUUAGUGGAACUGGCUCUACCACGUCUAAGCAAGCUUGUAACUGUCUAUGAAUUUCUUCUCAUGAAGGUUGAAAAGAGUCACCCAGCAAAGCCUUUUUUCCCAGAUGUAUAUAAGGAAUUUGAAGAGUUGCAUAAGAUGGUUAAGAAAAUGUGUCAAGAUUACUUCAGUAACUCUGUUCUGAGUUCUCAGCAACCCUUGGAAAUAAAAAAUAAUGAGGUUGCUAAGUCGCUGGGAAUUACAGAAGAGCUUCUACAGAAGAAAGAACUAGAAAAGAAUGGCAUUUCACCUCAAUAUAUACUCAGUGCAGUUGAAGUGGGGCUAGGUGAAAUUACUGGACAGAAAAGAGAAAAUGAGAUACUUGAAGAAGUACUGGUGCCAGUCAAAAGAACCAGGAUAGAAAGUGGAUCCAAGAACAUGAAUGAUAAUUACGCUAGUCACAGUGGACUCAAGGAGAAAACCAUAUCUUUGUGUAACCAAGUUAACACUGAAGAUGCUUUAGGUUUCAACCUCCAGCUUAAUAGGACUACCUCUCAGUCUUCAGAAGAAACUUAUGUGGCAGUCAUUGAUGCUGGGAGUCACAUGUUAAAUGGUGGCCAGCCCCCUAAAGCAUUUGCUGAUGUAGAAGGCAAGAAUGAACCUGCAGGUUCUGUCAUCCUAUACCAGGCUGUUGAAGGAAUGCAAACUUGUUCCCAGGUAGAAGAUCCAGGUAGCCUAUUUCAAGAACAGACAGAGUUGCUCCCGGAAUAUGUUCAUAAUCACCCCCCUGACCAGACUACUUCUGACGAAUCUGCUAUUUCUGAUUUCUGUUGUUCCACAUUAUCUGAUAAAGACUGCCCAUGGUCUGGGCAUGAGAUUCAAAACGGAAGACAGAAUGAGGAUUGUAAAUCCCAUCAGGAAUUUUUAAAUCCAGAUAAUGAGAUUCAUGAGAUAAUACCACAGCCUGAAAAUAUUUUGUCAACAGACAUUCCCAUGGACAAUUCAUGCCGGACUUCUUUGGAAUCACAGCAUCAUCCUUUAUUAGAAGCAUCUGUGUCCACUGAGGACAUUCUUGAAAAUCCUACUGAAAAUUUGGACCAGUUCCCUGAGUCAUUACAGAAUGUCCAAAGAGAACAGGAGAGUGCAGUUGCUGUAGGUGAAACUCUGGCCUUCGAAAUUCCUGAUGAGAGCCAGGAAUUGUCUCAGGGACGUGAACAAAUUUUUAUUCAAACUUCAGAUGGGCAUAUCCUGCCCCAUCCAGGUACAGUUGUAUCUGAGGCUAAUGACAUUGUUAUAGUAACAGAAGUUAAUGGUACUGCAGUGCACAUCAGUACACCUGAUGGACUUCCUUUAGAAACACUGGAAGCAUUGCUGGCAGUAGAGAGAGAGCCAGAGUGAGAGCAUUAUGAACUCUCAUAAUUAAAUAGUACCAGAACCAUAGUUUUUACAUUUAUACAUAAUUGUCUUAAGAGAUGGUCUAUUUCAACAAGUCUAUUUUUCUAAUGUGAAUACUGAAACAAGGUGAACCUUUUAACUUAUUUAUAAAGAAUUAUCUUAUUUCUACAAUGAAAUGUACUUUAUGUAUCUUGUCUGAACUGAAAAUAGCUAAAUAUAACAAAAAACCAUGUUGGUUUUUGAUUUAAAACACCUUUUAAAACUUCAAGAGCUUUUGAUGAAUGUUGUGAAAACUGCAUUAUCACUUGUUUCAUGAAACCUUUUACAACUCUCACUUCCCUUUCCACGCCCCACAAUGCAGUUUGCUUCACUGCAUUUUGACAGUGAUGUCUAUAUUGGAAACUUCUUGAAAGAUAUAUUUUAACAAAACUGAUUGUAAGGUAUUUUCCUUGGGAAAUAAAUAGACUCUCACCAUUACUAUCCCAGUUUUAGAGAUGAGAUGGAAGAACAAUUUCUUUGUGGUCUGUUUCAAGAAAGAACUAGUGUGAUAGUCACAUCUCACUGUGAAAAAGUAAAGAGGCCCUUCAGAUUCUAAGGUGUCUGUUUUACUCAGUUUUUAAUGAUUUUUUGAAAACAGAAUUUGCCUUAGUCUGUGUUAAUAUUCUACAACAAAAACUUUGAUAUUUUAGUCAUUUAUACUAAAUUUUUGACCUAGUCCUUUGUUUCCCACAAAGGGUUAUAAGACUUAAAUAGGACAAUCAAAAUUAUAAAAAGCAGCAUAUAAUCAAGUGCCAAAAUAUGUAACAGACUAUCAUAGUAUUUCUCUUUUAAAGUAUAAUUUUGGAUUAUCUCUUUUGAGUCUCACAGUACUCUUUUUCUCGUACUAAAAUUUCUUGGUGCUUUUUCCUUCUAAAACCAUGUUUUAUUAAAUUUUCUUUACACUGCUGCCAUUUCCCAGUAUUCAUGGACUAUUCUCCUUCGUUGUCCAUAGAACCCUCUCUGUAACAAAGCGAUGAAAAUGGCAAAUUGAUGUCUAGCAGCAUAUGUCUCAUUCUUCAGCUGGAAUGAUGUUUCAUUUAUCAGUCUUCAGGAUUUAAGAUUGGUCAUUACAUUUAUGUGAGUCCUCAUAUCUUUUAGUGUUCUUUUCUCAGUUUAUUAAUUUUUUUGUGUUAUUUUCUCCUACAGCAUUGUGGUCAUUGUGUAGAUUUUUACCAGGAUUCUGCCUUCUUUAUUUUUCAUUGGCCAGUAUAAGCCCUCCCAAGCUAAUCUGAAUUCUUAUAUUUGUAAUUUCUUAAUGGCACAGUAAUAUCUCAUUGUAUUCAUAUGCCAUAGUUUGUUCCUAGUUUAUGGGAAUAAAUUCUCACUUGUUUUCCACCUUCCUUCCCUCUUUUGAUGCUACUAAAAGUGUUGCUAGAAUUAAUUUUUUAUACACACACACAAAUGAGACCUUUAUCUCUGUCUUUGACAUCCUUAGGGUGUAUACCCAGUCUGGAGUUUUUUUUUUCUUCCCAUUUAAGUGUUAUUUUGAAGGCUUUAUUUUGCAUCACUGUCACUUCACAAUAAUGCUCCCUACCCUCAGUGGAACCCUCUGGAGUAUAAGCUUGUUGUGAAUAAAGGUGUUUUUCCUCGUAA